UUGCUAAGAGAAGACCUUCUAUAGGCAGACCGGCCAACUGCGGAGAAGGAAGCCAAAAUGAUUAAACACCGACUUUCUGUAUUGUUUGUAAUAACUCUCCAGUUUAUUUCCCUAAGCUGGAGCCAACCCUUUCCCCAUUACUUUGCUGAUUUCGAAGACAACGAAGAUCAGUCCAACGAACUCAAGUGGUGGCAGGCGGGCGCCUUCUAUCAAAUCUAUCCAAGGUCAUUUAAAGACAGCAACGGCGAUGGCGUGGGAGAUUUAAACGGCGUUGCGGAACAACUACCCUACCUCAAGGAGCUGGGCAUCACAGCGACUUGGCUAUCGCCCAUCUUUACCUCGCCCAUGGCGGACUUUGGUUACGACAUAGCCAACUUCACUGAGAUUGCACCGAUCUUUGGAACUAUGGCAGACUUUGAGCAUCUGAUGGAAGUCGCGAAAAAACUAGAUAUCAAGAUUAUCUUAGACUUUGUGCCCAACCAUUCGAGUGACGAGUGCGAGUGGUUCCGACGUUCGGCAGAAAGGGAUCCGGAGUUCAAGGACUUUUACGUAUGGCAUCCUGGUCGCAUGGUGAACGGAAACCGCCAGCCACCCUCUAAUUGGAUCAGUGUUUUCCGGGGAAGUGCCUGGGAAUGGCACGAGAUUCGUCAGGAGUACUACCUCCAUCAGUUCGUGAAGAAGCAACCGGAUUUGAACUACCGUAACCCUAAAGUUCGGGAGACCAUGAAUAAUGUCUUAAGGUUCUGGCUAGCCAAGGGAGUGUCCGGUUUUCGCAUUGAUGCAGUUCCCCAUGUCUUCGAGAUAGCGCCGGAUGCACAGAAUCAGUACCGCGAUGAGCCGCGUAAUGAUUGGGACAAUGACCCUGAGGACUAUGGUUAUCUGCAGCACAUCUAUACCAAAGACCAGCCGGAGACCAUUGACCUAGUCUACUCAUGGCGAGCGGUAUUGGACGCUUUCCAGCGGGAUAACGGCGGCGACGAUCGCAUUUUAAUGGCCGAGACCUAUUCACCCAUCGAUAUUGUGAUGAAGUAUUACGGGAAUGCGACGACGGAAGGAGCUCAGCUGCCAUUCAACUUUCUGCUGAUUAGCGAUUUGUCCAACUCUUCGAAUGCCCAUGACUACGAGGGAACGAUUCUUAAUUGGUUGCAAAACAUGCCCAAAGGUCGCACCGCCAACUGGGUGUUGGGCAACCACGAUCACCCACGAGUGGGCUCCCGGUUGGGCAGGGACCGAGUGGACAUGAUGAACAUGCUCACCGCCACUUUGCCUGGCGCCAGUGUUACCUACCAGGGCGAGGAGUUGGGCAUGACCAACGUGUGGAUCUCAUGGAAGGAUACUGUGGAUCCCUCGGCCUGCAACACCAAUCCGAGUAUCUACGAGCGCUACUCUCGAGAUCCGGAGCGCACUCCCUUCCAGUGGACCGAUGCCCAGGAUGCUGGAUUCAGUAAUGCCAGCAAGACGUGGCUCCCCAUUGCUCCAGACUACAAGCAGGUCAAUGUGGAGCUGGAGCAGCAGAAGCCAUUGAGUCACCUGAACGUCUUCAAGCAGACCUGGCAGUUGAGGAAGCAGUCGAAGACCCUUCAACGCGGUGAAACUGAAGUGAAGGCCCUUAGCGACGCAGUGUUGGCCGUGAAACGGUAUCUGGAACGUGAUUCGACCUUUGUGACCCUUCUCAAUAUUUACGAUGGCGUGGAGACCAUAAAUCUGAGGCAGACUUUCCCUGACUUGCCAUCUCAACUAAAAGUUGUGCUGGUCACAGAGCGAUCUCAAGUCAAAGUGGGUGAUCUCAUCAACUCCACUUCAGUGCAGUUGCAGCCCAAGGACUCGCUGAUCCUGCAGUCAACCUCCUCAUAUUAUAGUUAUGCCACCAAUGGAGAGUCGCGGUUUCUUCCCAUUCUGGGCGUUUAUCUCUGGCUAGCUCAAGUGGUGCUCUAUCUGAGCAAUCGAUGAGUUCCCACCCUCUGUUCUAGCUGCUAGUUAAUAAUCAAAAUACUCACAAUAAACGCAGUCAAAGCACUUGA